UCUCGGAGUGGAAAAACAUCGCACAUUUUCCGCGAGAGAAAAACAAUAACAAAAUUCACGUUUCAAAGCGGGGCCUUCGCGUAAACAUUGGGUAAUCAUCUGCGCGGUGAGCACGCACAGUUCAACAGAAUGUUAAAGUUACUGAAUUUAACUCGACCAAGCGCCUUGGGAGCAGUGCAGCUUCCGGUGCUUCCGGCUUUAGCUACCCGGCUAUAUUCGGCUUCCGCUGUAGCCGAAACGCCCGACAAGCUGUACAGCCGGCUAGAACUGCAAAUGAAGGGAAUCGAUCCGGAGGUGAUGAAAAGCUAUGCCAUGUUUGCGAAAACUGCUGCCGAACAUUUGGAUAUCGAAGUUGGAAAACACUGGGCAAUGCGCAAAGCGGUCAAGGAUCGAUUGACGCUGCUGAAAUCGGUACACAUCUACAAAAAACACCGGGUGCAGUACGAGGUGCGCAACUACUAUCGCUUUAUGCAUUUCCACAAGCUGACAGGGUCAACAUUGGACACCUUUCUGGAGUACAUUGAGCGUAAUUUGCCGGAAGGAAUCGCCCUCAAAGUUACCAAGGUGGAACUUCAAGCACUGCCGGAGCAUCUAGUGACAGAUAAAGCGUGAAUUAAGUUUUUGCAGUUAGAUUAUGGUCAAUAAAACUUGUGUUAGUAGCUUGAAUUGUAUCAAUUUAAA